AGCCGGAAUCGGCAGCCCCUGGUCUUGGGAGACAACAUCUUUGCAGACUUGGUUGGGAACUGGUUGGAUCUGCCAGAGCUGGAUAAGAAGGGGGAGAAGAGCGAGGCAUCCCUGUCCACGAGCAGAUCCCAGGAGCUCUGCAGGAAGUUCUCCCUCACAGCCAACAUCUUCAAGAAGUUCCUGAGGAGCGUUCGGCCGGACCGAGACAGGCUUCUCAAGGAGAAACCUUGCUGGCUUCCACCUGAAGACAAACAGCCUGAAAUUUCUAAGAGGCCCAAAAAGAUGAACAAACUCAAGGGGACAUUUUACUUCCCACUUCAUGGGACCAUCCAGAACCAUCACAGCAAAGCAGAGAGGUGCCCAAAGGCAGAACGCGAUGGUGAGAAACGCAAAACUGGCACUAAGAAAGUCCAGGAUGCCCCAGACUACUCCCAGUCUGGGUUUGACAUCAAUACAGCUGUUUGGGUCUGA